CCGGAAGUGAGUUUUUUUUUUCUGUCUCACGCUGUUAAGGAAACCUACAGACACAUUAGCAAUUUCCUCCUUGACUCUAAAGGUAACGAGAGAUGAAAAAACAAGAUACCGAAGAGUCCACCACUCAGGCUGCGGAGAAUGCUCCACCCGCAGCAGCAGCAGCAGCAGGGACAGAGUCACCUGCAGCUGCAAAGGACAGCUUGGAAAGCAACAGCCCCAAAGAGUCUGAACCACAGACACCACAGACGGAUACACCUCCACAGGGCGAGGAGGGGGCGGGGGGAGAGGCUCCGUUGUCUCAGUGUGACAUGGCAGAGGAGCUGAGCCGGCAGCUGGAGGACAUCCUUAGCACCUACUGUCGGGAAAGCAUUUCAGACGAUGCCAGCGACUUAGCUAACGGCCAGUCACACAGCCCAGAGCUCAAUGGCCUGACCAAUGAGAGGGAAGAUGACAAGCCAGAGGAAAGCAAAGUCAACGGUGGUGACAGCGGUGUGGGAAAGCAGCAGAAGAAAACUCACGAGAAGAAAAAAGUGAAGGGUCUAGGGAAGGAGAUCACACUUCUCAUGCAGACUCUAAACACACUGAGCACCCCCGAGGAGAAGCUCGCAGGCCUCUGUAAGAAGUAUGCUGAACUGUUGGAAGAGCACCGAAACACCCAGAAGCAGAUGAGGGUGCUGCAGAAGAAGCAGAACCAGCUGGUCCAGGAGAAAGACAACCUGAGGAACGAACACAGCAAGGCCAUCCUGGCUCGCAGCAAGCUGGAGAGUCUGUGCAGGGAACUGCAGAGACACAACCGCACACUCAAGGACGAAGGAAUGCAAAGAACCCGGCUGGAGGAGGAGAAAAGGAAGGAGGUGACUUCUCAUUUCCAGGUGACGCUGAACGACAUCCAGGCUCAGAUGCAGCAGCACGACGAGAGGAACGCCAGCCUUCGACAGGAGAACGCAGAGCUCGCCGAGAAGCUGAAGAAACUGUAUGAACAGUACAAACUCCGCGAAGAACACAUAGAGAAAGUGGUGAAGCACAAAGACCUGCAGCAGCAGCUGGUGGAUGCAAAACUGCACCAGGCCCAGGAGCUGCUCAAGGAGUCUGAGGACCGCCACGACAGAGAGAAAGACUUUCUGUUAAAAGAAGCAGUAGAAUCCCAGAGGAUGUGUGAGCUCAUGAAGCAGCAGGAAGUUCACCUCAAGCAGCAGUUAUCACUGUACACGGAGAAGUUUGAAGAGUUUCAGACCACCUUGUCCAAGAGCAAUGAGGUCUUCACCACUUUCAAGCAGGAGAUGGAGAAGAUGACUAAAAAGAUCAAAAAGCUCGAGAAGGAGACGGCCAUGUAUCGCUCCAGGUGGGAGAGCAGCAACAAGGCCUUGCUGGAGAUGGCCGAGGAGAAAGCCGUUCGGGAUCGUGAGUUUGAGGCACUUCAGGGAAAAGUCCAGCGGCUGGAGAAGCUCCGGCGGGCGCUCAAAGUCGAACGGAAUGAGCUGAACAAGAAGGUCCAGAGCCUCAGCGGCGGCACAGAGGGAGCCCCCACCUCCAACCCAGGGACUGACUCCCCCUCUCCACCACCUACAGACUCUCUGCUGGACCCUGGCACCUGCCCUGCCCCUGACACCACCACCGCCUCCACCUCUUCUUGCUCCCACUCCUGCCCCUGUGAGCCGCAGCUGGACACAGACACCCUGCUGGAAGAGGCAAACACUCAGCCUGUCCAGGCACAGGAAUGAAGCAGCACUGCUCACACGUUCUUCAAACCACCCACAGAUAAGCCACCAGCCUGCAACCCACUACUCCUCUGCUGGAUGGAGCCCAUGUUAAACACUGGGACCGAAGCAAACUGCAAAGUCACACCUUUAUGUACGAGGCCAGAAUACCAGAUCAGCGUUUGACAGAAGGGUUUAGUUGUAAUCUCCCAGAAUCUUCUGCAAAACAGUCUGCUGGUGUAAUUACAUGCACACUAUCACACAGUUACCGUGAAUGUAUAAUGCAAUUUUCUGCAAUAAUUUGGUUUUCAUGGUUUUUAUUAGCAUCUAUCGAGUGUGUUCAUCUACAGGAAGCAACUAAUCAGCCACGCAAGUUAAUAUUAUUACAAUACUUUCAGAAAUAACUAUAGUGAAAGGAUAGUGAUCAUAUUUACAAGUUAUUAUCUACAUAUUAAUGUCAACAUGUGUAAAAAUGAUCAAAGAACAGAAACCAAGGAUGACAUAAAGGACCACCAUAACAACAUAAACUAUGCCAUGUAGUCAUAUUAACACAUCUAAAUUUGUGUAUAUACAAAUUAUCAAAGCAUUUUUAGCAAAGUAAAAGUAUAUAUAAAGCUCGUAUGAAUAAAUUUACAUUAACUACA